AUAGUUAAUAGAUACCAUCGCUCAAGUACCAUCGUAAAUAUUGAUAUUGUAGGGAUACGUCAAAACAUUUAAGUUCCAAGUAAUUCGCAGCAGUACGCGUCCAACUGGUUCGAAUAGAAUAUUUCCAAGUUACCUGAAUAAUUAUAUUAUAAUAUAGGUAUAUCCGUAAUACACGGAUUUUCGUUUACCCAAUUGUAAGAUCAGUCUAUUUACGGACGCAUUUCUGCAGAUAAAAUUCGGCCGCCAUGAAAGCCGGCGGCGGAACGCUGGUCCGGUUGACGCUGAGCGGCGGAGCGUUGGUCGCGUCCAUCGCGGCGGCGUGCUGUUUCCUGGCCGUGUGGUCGUACUGGUACUACGAGCUGGACGCCGACUGCGUGCAGGCUCGCGACUGCAAGUGCCUGCUGUUCGGCACGAGCUUCGCGGGCGGCGGUUUCGUGGGUGGCGACCUGUUCGCGUGCCAGUACGUCGCGUACUCGCUAAUGGCGUCCGCCGGGCUCGCGGCCUACACAAGCGUAUACUACGGAUGCAGGUUGCUGCUGUGCGCGGGCCACGGCCGCGGCCGACACCAGCACCACCGGCCAGUCAGGCCAGUGGCCGAGUCCAGACCCGAGGACGGCACCAGUCCACAGAUACAGAUAAAUGGCUUAACGAUUUGUCUUGCAAUUAUUCUCGCUGUCAUGGCGUUAAAUAUGUUUAUUGCAUCGAUCGUACUGAGUAACGGAUAUAUAUCGACCUGUCUGCAGUACGUGCAUCGAGUGAAAAGUUAUUUGAUGGUUUCCGGAAACAUGGUAGAAUUGAUAACAAAUCGUAUGUCUUGUGGGACCAUUUACGAUUUCAUGGACUACUUACAACCGCCAUCGCGACAGGUGACAUAUGAACUGAUCCAUCGACACAAGACCAAUCCACGCGAUUCUGUGAUUAAUACAUCGGCACUUUUAAUUAUAUCUAUUGUACUGUCGUGGUUGAACACAUUUAUAUGGAUUGUAUUUACGUUUUGUACUUAUUAUUUCAGAUGAAUAUAAGGGUUAGAUUAUUUGAGUGUAGGUAACAUGUUUACCAUUAAUAAUACCUACCUUACUGUGUAUGAAUAAUCAUUUGUUUGUGUAAAAAAUUAAACUGCAAAUCCAACUGCUUUAAAUAAAAUAUAUUUUAUCAUA